AUGGAUUCAUCAGACUCUGAAAAUGCUGACUCCUUUGUUGCAGUCAUCGAGAACCGACUUCCGGAGCGAGGCAUUGAAGGUCCUAUCGAUGUGCCUGUCCGAACACUCUCCCCAGCAUCCGCAGCCACCCUGAAUAUGGGCUCAAACCCACCCUCCGACUACAAUAGAUACGCAGAAAGGAAGAGCCCCCAACAAAGUACCAUUCGAUCCGUAAAUUCUGAUUACAUAGCGGACGAGGCGCAACGUACCACCCAAACGCGACCCAGCACCACAACCAUGCCUCAUUCUACGAAAACAUUACCCAACUUAGGCAAGAUCUCUACAUCUACGUCGCAUCCGCCCCAAACGCAUCAAACACGUCCAAAUGGGUUAUCUAUCGGGAAUGGCUUAACGCGGACGAUUUCUUCCGAAUUCGGCUUGACUAGGUCAUACUCUAAUAAUAGCUUACAUCCGGCAGAUGAUAACCCAGCAAGCAACAUUGACAACGAUACGACUUCUCCAGAAUAUGUUCCAGGGACGCCGCAAUGGAGUUCUGCUGUAGGCAAGGCAAGGGAGGGGAAAACUGGCAGGGUUAUCGAGCGGUUGAUGGGCGAGAAUGACAUGCUGAAGAGAGAUCUCAAUAUUGAGAGGCUACGCGCCGAGGAAUCGAGGCAGUCGGUCAAGAUGGCGGAGGAAUCGAAACUCUCACUGGCCUCGAGAUACGAGUCUGAGCUGCACGACGCUGCUAUCAACAAGACGUUGCUGAAACGGAAAGAGCGACAGCUGGCGGAUCUGAAAGCACAGGUCAAUAUCGAGAAGCAGAGGGCUGAUGGGGCGGUUGAAAGUGAACGGUCCUGGCGAGACGCGAUGGAUAAGACGGAGGAGGAGAGUAAGAGGAAAGUGGAGGAAGCACAACAAUACGCCGCGUUGAUGGAAGGGAGGGUGAACACCAUGACAACUCACUGGAAGGACCAAAACGCAGAGGUCGAGAGGAAAAUUACGAAACUCUCCAAGGAAAUCAAGGAUUUGGUGGAAGUCAGACAGAACGACGACCGGAAAAUACAUACGCUUCAAGGGCUAUGCGAACAGCAAAGGGAGAUGCUCGUAGAUCUCGAAAGGAAAAAGGAAGCCAUCGGGCAAGCAUUCGAAGACUACAAGCAGGAGCAAGAAGACGGCUUGAAAGCCAUCAAGUACAAAUCACGAGACCAAGAGGAGCGGAACGAGGCUGCUAUCACGGAAACAUUAGAGGCGCUGGGGACAUUAAAAUGGGCCAUCAACGUCAACAAAAACGUCAAUCUCGACAAGGAUUAG